AUGCCAAAGAAUUGCAAAACUUUGAAACAACAGCCGUCAAAGCUUGAUCUAAUUGAUGACACCACACUUACUUCGUUACCAUUUCCUCCACCUCCACCUCUUAAGCGACCAUCAGGAACUUCAGCAACAGCAUCUUCACUGAACUCAUCGUCAAGCAGCAUAGCACGAGUAGGAGGACUACGACUGACCAAGAUGAAUACGGUUGGAUCCAACCAACUGGCAACAAACUACAAUGGCUCAGUGGAGACCGAAUAUAUGGGAGACUUGAAUUUUCAGAACCUUGGGGAGCAACAUGAAGUGGAGGAGGACGAUGAAGAUUUUUACGAAUACUCGUACGAGGAAGAAGAUCCAAUAGUUCUUGUGGAAGAUUACUUGGGUCUACAGGAGUCCUUACCUUCUUACACGACAGCAGCAGCAGCAGCACCACCACCCGCAUCGUCAUCUCACAUGACAUUUUUCACAAACUCUUGCAAGUCAACCACCGCAAAACAUCAUUUACUUCGACAGAAGUCGCUAGCUGAUUUCAAAAAGAGGGUGUUAUCAUCAAGCUCAAACGAUUCUACUGAUACCGUAAUUUUGCAACCAGACGAGAGAAUUGAUCGUAAAACAGAAUACCAACAGACUUCCUCAUCAAGAACAUCGUCCACCGCACAACAACAGACGCCUAGGCAUCACCAAUCAAAUGAUCUACAAGCCAUCUUUGGAGACUUGCCAUCGUUCCAGCUUUUAAAACACUGCGACUUGUGUGAUAAACCACUUUAUGAAAUAUCGUCGAUAAUCAAUUCCAAAUGUAACAUGAACUUGAAGGAGUUUGUAUGUGGUGAUUGUAUUUCCAAUUACGAGGUGUUUAUUACAGAGUUCAUUCAGGAACAGCAGCUAGACAAGAACAAACGCGUUGAAGAUGAUGCGGUUAUUCAACCUGCCUCCAAAAAGAUCAAGAAUACUAAAUUCUGGCAUGUGUUGAAUCACAUCUCAAGUAAAUACAACAUAAGGAGAGAGGUUGUUUGA